CCUCACGUUGUCAACGUCGUUACCAUGUGGUCCGUUCGAGUUUAAAGUCGGUUAAAACGAGCAGAUUAAUAUUGACUUUGUUUUUAUUAUCAGUCAUGCAGCUUUGUGGAGUUUGUAGCGAGCAGGUUCCAAAAUACAGAUGUCCUGCGUGCAGAAUAAGAUAUUGUUCAUUGAGUUGCUUUAGGAGACAUAAAGAUGACGAUUCGUGUCACCUAUUCAAAGAAACAGCACCACCUGUCGUCACCCCAACACCUGUGAGCCACGCUGAACAGCCGUGGACUGUUGAUGAUCUCCUUGAUGAAGACAGUCAAAGUGACAAAGUGCCGUUACAGAAACUUCAGCAACUAGGUGCGUCCGAGGCGCUGGCGUCUCUCUUGUGUAAUCCACAUCUCCGGCAGUUAAUGAUGUCGGUGGACUCGGCUGAAGAUAAAGCCAAAGCUGUGAAGAAUGCCAUGCAGGAGCCACUGUUUGUGGAGUUUGCUGAUCAGUGCUUGAAAAUUAUUGAACCAGCACAAAUGGAAGAUGAUGAUGAUGAUGUAUAAUAUGCUUACUGUCACACAUGGACUGCUUCUGAGCACGGACUAAACCACAUGCAAGUCCAAUACUCAAGAGUUGGGUGCUGUUUUUAGUUUGAUGUUGGAAUUUGUAACAAUUCCUGUGUCUUUCAAAUAGUGCAAGAUGUUUAUUUUUUUUAUUAAACAAAUGUGCUUUGUAAGGAAGCCCUAAACCGCAUGGUGAAAAAAUAAAAAAGUGUCUCAGUUCCUUCCUGAGUCUAAGUUUAAAAAAAAAAAUUCUCUCUUAAAAAAAUAUUCUUCAAAAAACUAUUUAAAAAAACAAAUGCGGUACCAACUUUGGCCACCAGGUGCCACUAUCAGUAAACGUGUAAUCUUGUGCUUUCUCUGUUGCUAUAAAGUGUCAUAUUGCAGACUAUCAUGGUGAAAUUUAAUUAUAAUAAUAUAUUUUAAUAUAACAAGUUGUCUUUUCAAACACUGUCUACCCCUCACCAAUUUGUUUUGGAUGAGCAUUUUACAUUGGCGUAACUGUUUCCACAGACCAACAAUAUUUGGACAUUUAUUUGACAGUCUUCAUCUGGAACUCUUCACUUCUGCAGUAGACGGUGUUUCAAAAGCGUAGACAACUUGUUAUAUUAAAAUAUAUUAUUAUAUUUCAAUUUCACCUGUCUGCAAUAUGACAUAGCAACAGAGAAAGCAUUAAAAGCGUAAGAUUACAUGUUUACUGAUAGUGGCACCUGGUGGCCAAGGUUGGUAUCGCAUGGAUUUUUUUGAAGAGGGAAAAAAAAAAAUUUUGAAGAGAGAAAAUUAUUGUAUUCAUUUAGAGAGACUUUUUUUUUUAUGAGAGGGGGAAAAAG